AGCUCGCUUUUUUUUAUUCUGUAUUUGUUUUACAACAAAUUUCACAUGAAAACGUUAAAUGUAAAAACUUUAUCAAAUAGGAUAAAUAUAUAUCUGUGUAUUAAUAGAUAAAAAAAAGCAGUUUUCAAUAUAAUGAAAUAAUACAUUACGUAUGACGUGUAAUUUUAUAGUUUCAUAAAAAUAUAUUAUAUUAUACUUUAAAGAUAUUAUUGAAAGAAAUUUCUGCGCAACCGGCAAACAGUGGUUUAUUAGUGGUCUGAAAUCAUCGUACAAUAAUUCUAAAUCAGUAACAUUUAUUCCAAGAAGUGUCAUUUCACGCUGGAAAAUCAGAAAAAAUAAAAGUAACAUGUCUGCGAAUUCGAAAAAUUUGAUUUCUCAAGAAAAUGUUGAUUGGAUGGAUGAUUUACCUUCGGGAGGAGAUUUGGAAAAAUAUCGUCAAACUGCCACUUUUAAUUGGAAACAACUUCGUAUGAUUUUAGAAGAUCCUGAUAAAAUUCGAUUAAAGAUUCAAUUAUGGAAGGCAAUGGAAUCUGAUCCAGAAUUUCAUCCAUAUCAUGGUGUUACAUUGAGCGCUGACGAGCAAAAACGACGAUCAGCAAUUCAAUUAGCUCGAUUACAUCAUCAGAAGUUAUUACCAAAAAAUAUUAACCAAAUGGGCUAUGGAACGAAGACAGGCUUUCUGAUGACUCUGAAUGAAGCAACUGCUAUGUUUGAUCCUUCAUUAUCAGUUAAAAUAGCAAUAGGUGUUUAUCUUUUUGGCAAUACAAUAUUAAGUUUGGGAACCGAACGACAUUUACCAAUAUUUAACGCCAUUUGGAAUAAGCAGUUAUUAGGAUGUUAUGCAUUAACGGAAGUGGGUCACGGAAGUAAUACAAAAAUGAUGAGAACGACAGCGACCUAUGAUCCAAAGACAAAAGAAUUUAUUCUUCACACACCCGAUUUUCAGGCUGCAAAAUGUUGGGUUGGUAAUUUAGGAAAAACGUCAACAGUAGCAAUUGUAUUUGCUCAGCUCAUAUCUCUCGAAGUCUGUCAUGGUCUUCAUGCCUUUAUAGUACCUGUUAGAAAUCCAAAAACCUAUUUAACUUAUCCGGGCAUUAUUGUUGGCGAUAUUGGCGAGAAGAUUGGAUUAAAUGGAAUUGAUAAUGGAUUUAUAAUGUUUAACAAUUAUAGAAUACCAAAAGAAAAUUUAUUGAACAGAACAGGAGACGUUACUCCAGAAGGAGAAUUCGAAAGUUCUUUUUCUGAUCCGCAAAAAAUUCUUGGCGCUGUUUUAGAAAAUUUAUCAGCUGGUCGAAUGGGUAUUUGUCAAGAAUCAACAAAUAGAAUUGGUGCUGCUGUUGUUAUUGCAAUUAGAUAUGCAGCAGUUAGAAAACAAUUUGCCUCUUCUUUAACAUUAAAAGAGGAAAUUGAAACUCCAAUAAUUGAAUAUGAACUUCAUCAAUGGAGAUUGUUUCCCUAUUUAGCAGCCGCCUGUGUCUUUAGAAUUUUUAUGUCUGAAUUUACUACAGUGUACCUGGAAAAUGUAGAAAAAUCUAUGAAAGGUGAUAAUAUACCCAAUCUUAGUCAAAUUGUAUCUGAAAUUCAUUCAAUCGUCUCAGCGAUUAAACCUUUAAUAACGUGGACGUGUAGAGACGCUAUUCGCGAAUGCAGAGAAGCUUGUGGAGGACAUGGUUAUCAUAAAGCUGCCAAUUUGUGUGACAUGGCAGCAAAUCAUGAGCCAACGGUAACGUAUGAGGGAGAUAAUAAUGUUCUUGUUCAACAAACAAGCAAUUGGAUUCUAAGACAGUGGAAUAAUUUACAAAAUGGUACAGCAACUGAGAGCCCUCUCGCUUCUGUUCCAUUUCUUCUAAAGGGUUCAGAUAUUCUUAAAAAUAAAUUCACACCAAAUGGAAAGAAAGAUCUUAUGUCUUUGGAAUUUGUCAGAGACGCUUACGAGUGGUUAAUCACAUGGUUAGUGAGUCAAACACAACGAAAAUUUGAAGAAGGUAUCGCUCAAGGUUUGGACAGUUUCACUGCACGAAGCAGAUCUCAAGUUUAUAGAGCGGCAAAUUUAUCCAAAGCUUAUGGCGAAAUGAUUGUGAUAAGAUAUUGUGUAGUGAGAAUAGAUAAUUUACUGCCACAAGAUGUGAGAGUGAAAAAUUUGAGAGACGUUUUGGAAAAAUUGAUUCUUCUUUAUUCAUUGACCUGCCUUGAAAAACAUUUAGCCAGUUUCUAUCAAGGUGGAUAUUGUUCGGGAACACAAAUGGCGGAUCUUUUGAAACAAAGUAUAUUGAGUUUACUCGCUCAAUUAAAAUCGGAAGCUGUUGCCAUUGCCGAUGCUCUUGCACCGCCAGAUUUUAUUUUGAAUUCGGUCCUUGGAACAUCGGAUGGAAAGGUAUACGAACAUCUGGAAGAGGCCUUUAGAUGCUAUCCUGGAGGAAUGGAAAGAGCUUCCUGGUGGACUGAAUUGAUAUCAGCAUCGAAAAAUCCUCUCAAAAGUCUGGUAUCAAAACUCUGACACGAUCGAAACAAAUUUAGAAAUUUAUAAAAAAAAAAGAAGAA